AUGAAACACCAAGGCAACGAUGGUGUUGAGUCUUCUUCUCCGGCAACUGGCGGCGUAGGCGCCAAGCAGGAAACUGAAGCGUCGCCGUUCACGAAAGAAAAUCGUGACAGUGCAAUUAAUAGGAGCAAUUCCCUUCUCGAUGCAAUGAAUUUGAAGAACGCAAACGGUAAAUCGACGGAAGAGGCGGUCAAAGUGAGCAACGUAAAUGAUAAUAGGAACAUCCUUGCGGCUGAACCUAAUUAUUCAACAUCGGGAGAGCCAAUUGUGGGACCUGCAUCGCCUGGCACUAAUAUAUUUGGGCCCAUUCAAAACCUUAUGUCUAGUGGCUGUUCCGGGCCUUUCCCUAAUACAAUACCAAUUCAAUUUUCAUCCCUAGCAGCCUAUAUUGGUGACUCGGUAUCUGGUAGUGAAUCAAACACUAGUGGAUCAAAACCCAGGAAACGCAAGAGAAUUAAAACUAAUACUCGUUCAUCAUCGCAUCUUACUCACCCUAUUCCAUUACCUAAUUUACCCAUUCCCUUUCCUAAUACACAACCAAACCGUCAAAUUGAUCUUAAUGCAAAUCAAACAGUUAAUUUAACUACCCAAUCGGAGACAAAAAGUAGUCUACCAUCUAAUCCGUGCGAAUUUCAACAAGUUGUGGCAAUUGGAACGAAGUUAGGUUUCAUAUUGACGAUGAUAAUGGAAUCAUGGCACAAAUUGUUGGUGAGUCAGGUGGACAAACUUGUGAUCAAUGAAUUGAUUAUCAUUAAAUACAAGAAGCUUGGGGGUGGAUGUUAA